AUGAGUGGAAAACGAACAAAAUUAAGUGGCGCUGAAUAUCGCAAAAGAGCUGAGGAAAAAAAGAAAAAAGAAAAAGAAACUAUUUCUCAAACUCUUAACAUUCAAACUUUCUUCAAAAAGAAACCCGAUUCUGAUGAAUUAAUUGAAAACCCAUUGAAACUCGAUUCUGAUGAAUUAGUUGAAAAUUUGAUGAAAACCGAUGACGAAACUUUGAAAUCUGACAUUAAUGUCUCUUGUGAAAUUACUAAUGUUCCAAUUUGUCCAUCACAAGAUCCAGCCUUAUGGGAUAUAAAUUCUGAUAUGGUUGAUUAUUUUAUUCGUAAUCCAGUUGAAUCAAAUCCUAAAAUAAUCAAUUUUGAUAACACUAUUCGUAAAUGUGGUGAAUUUAAUAGGAAGUUACCAUAUGAUAUUUUCAAAAGGAAACUUUUGAAUGGUGAAAUAAAAGAUAGACAAUGGUUGCUAUACUCAACAUCAAAAAACGCACUAUUUUGUUUUUAUUGCCUUCUUUUUUCUAAUAAAAAAACACAGUUUAGUUCCACCGAUUCAGGAUUUACUGAUUGGAAAAAAUGUUUUGAAAAAGUUGAACAACACGAAAAGAAUUUGACGCAUAACGAAUCUAUUCGCAUAUGGUUCUCUAGACGUAAAAUAACUACCCGUAUUGAUGUUGAGUUAAAAAUUGAACUUGAAAAAAAAGAACUUUAUUGGAGAAGUAUAAUACACCGUUUAAUUGAAACAAUUAUAUUUUUAUCGGGCAAAGGUCUUGCAUUUCGUGGCGAUAAUGAGACGUUGGGUUCUAAAAAUAAUGGAAAUUAUCUCGGCUGUUUAGAAUUAAUUGCAAAAUUCGAUCCAUUAAUGUCCAAUCACCUUGAUCAGUAUGGUAAUAAAGGCCGUGGAAAUGUCUCAUAUCUGUCCAACACUAUUUGCGAUGAGUUAAUAACACUUAUGAACAAAUCUGUACUUCAUAAAAUAGUAAAUGAAAUAACGUCCGCUAAAUAUUUCUCGUUAAUCGUAGAUUCUACUCCCGACAUCACGAAAUUUGAUCAAUUAACGAUUGCUAUUAGAUACGUUAAUUUAGGUGGGACUGCAGUAGAGCGAUUUUUAUGUUUUAUUCCAUCGGCUGGACAUAAAAGUAAAGAAAUGGAAGUCGCAAUAUUAACGAAAUUAUCUGAAUUAAAUAUCGACAUACAGAACUGUCGUGGACAAUCAUACGACAAUGCAAGAAAUAUGUCAGGUAUAUUUAAUGGUCUGCAAGCUCGUAUUAAAGAGAAAUCAAAAAAUGCAAUUUUUAGUCCAUGUUCAGCACACUCAUUAAAUUUAGUUGGUUGUCAUGCUGCUGAUAUAACUAAAGAAGGUUAUCACUUUUUUUCACUUGCCCAAAAUAUUUAUGUAUUUUUUUCUGCAUCGACAUGGCGGUGGGAACAACUUUCAAUAAAUUUAAAAAAUAUACCAAACUCAAUGUUUGUAAAAAACUUAUGCCCUACUAGAUGGUCAUCCAGAUAUAGUGUUUGUAAGAGUUUAAAAAUUGGGUUUAAAGCUGUAUUAAUUUCAUUGAAAACUAUAGCUUUGAACAUAGAUCAGAAAACUAGUGUAAGACACGAAGCAGAAUCGUUGUACAAAAAAAUUGAAACUCUCGAGUUCUCAUUUAUGAUAGCUCUAUGGACUCCAAUAUUAGAAAGAUUCGACGCUACAAGUAAAAAUUUACAACGUAUUAAUAUUGAUUUAUCUUGUGUUGUAAAAUUGUACGAAUCUCUAGAAAUGUAUGUACAAGAUUUAAGAAAUAGAUUUGAUAAUAUUUUAGCUGAAGCAAAGCAAAUGAUUGGAUAUGAAGUCUUUUCUUACGAAGAAAAAAGAAAUAAACGAAAAAAAUGUUUUCACGAUGACCUUAAUGUUCAAGAUACAAUAUUUCACGGACAAGAAAAAUUCAAAAAUGAAACAUUUUUACCAAUUUGUGAUACAAUCAUUGUAUGUUUAAAUGAAAGAAAGAUGGCAUAUAUUGAGAUAAAUACUAUGUUUGGUUUUUUUUUAAAUAUAGAGGGAAUUGACAAUGAUAUUUUACGUGAAAAAUCAAAACAAUUAGUAGCUAUUUAUAGUGAAGAUUUAGAACCUGACCUGGAGAAUGAGAUUAUUCAAUUUAAAACAAUAGUAAAACAUUUUUCAGAAGAAGAAAAAUUAUCUAUGCACAGUUUGCUUGAAGCAUUAACAAAAUCAAAGUUAAAUGAUUCAUUUCCUAAUGUGGAAAUAGCUUUAAAACUUUUUGUAUCUAUACCAUGCUCAAACGCUAGCGGGGAGAGGUAUUUCUCAGUUUUAAAGAGAGUGAAGAACUACCAGAGAACCUCAUUAUCUAAUGAAAAGAUGUCAUCAUUGGCUCUAAUGUCUAUUGAAAAUAAUUUGCUACAAUGUAUGGAUUGGAAUAGUUUUAUUAAAGAAUUUGCUUCACAAAAAGCUAGAAAAAAGUUUUGA